AUGGCUGACGACGAGCAAGAUACCAAAGAGUACCGGUGGGAGACAGGUUAUGAGAAGACUUGGGAGGCUAUUAAAGAAGAUGAGGAUGGUUUGGUGGAAGGAUUGGUGGCGGAGUUUGCACAGAAAGCGGCUCGUAAGGCUGUUGUACCUCGUCGUGGUCCCGUCAGGCUGGGAAUGAUGAGACAUGUUCUAGUGGCUGUGGAUUGUUCAGAAGCCAUGAACUCACAGGAUCUGAAACCAUCUAGAUUUCUUUGCACAUUAAAAUUACUGGAAAAGUUUAUAGAGGAGUACUUUGACCAGAAUCCAUUAAGUCAACUUGGUUUAGUUUUAAUGAAAAAUAAAAGGGCGGAGAAACUUACAGAGCUGUCUGGUAAUGUUAGGAAACAUUUGAAAGCUUUACAAGGGUUAACAGAAAUGUCUCUUAAUGGUGAGCCAUCACUACAGAAUACUUUGGAGUUUGCUGGUCGAGUCCUGAAACCCUUACCUGCACAUGCAUCAAGAGAAUUACUGGUGCUGUUUGCAUCACUCACCACUUGUGAUCCAGGAGAUAUAAAUAUCACUAUACAGGCUCUGAAAACUGAAGGAAUAAGAUGUUCAGUGAUUGGUCUAGCAGCAGAAGUGAGAAUAUGUAAGAAGUUGUGUCAAGAUACGGGCGGGGAAUAUGGGGUGGUGUUAGAUGAUGUACACUAUCGUUCCCUGUUACUGGACUCCACGAGUCCACCACCCCGAGCGCGGGCGUUGGAUGCGGGUCUAGUUAAGAUGGGCUUCCCACAUUCUGCUCCACAAACCAAUCAAACUGACCCCGGGACGAAUGCUGAUCCACCUAUUACUGUUUGUAUGUGUCAUCUAGACGAUGGUGAAGGUGUAGGCGGUGAAGGGCACCUAUGUCCGCAAUGUCGCAGCAAGUAUUGUUCGCUGCCCGCCCAGUGCCGGACCUGUGGACUUACCUUAGCGUCGGCGCCUCAUCUAGCCAGAUCAUAUCACCAUUUAUUCCCUGUGGAGCCGUAUGAAGAAGUAGCAUAUGAGGGACAAGCGCAAUAUUGCUUUGCCUGCCUUAGGAACUUUACAGAUCUCGAUAAACAGGUGUAUAGAUGUGGGCGGUGUCAUGAGUUCUACUGCUGGGAGUGUGAGAGUGUGGUCUCCACGACGAUACACGUAUGUCCUGGCUGCGCGUCACGACCCCAUCUCUACCAACGACUGCCUGACACUUCAUGA